CCUGCAUAAACUGGCUGUGUCUCACCCCUGGGAAGACACCAGGCCCAGGAUAAAAGGGCUCCAGUGUUACGCUCUUCAGUCCUCAGCCCUGUUGGUGACAGCUCCUGCCCAUCCACUGAACAGGUGUACUGACUUCCUCUUUAAAAUGUCCUGCCAGCAGAGCCAGCAGCAGUGCCAGACCCCUCCCAAGUGUCCCAUCCCCAAGUGUCCCCCCAAGUGUCCCCCCAAGUGCCCACCCCAGUGCCCAGCCCUGUGUCCCCCUCCAGUCUCUUCCUGCUGUGGGCCCAGCUCUGGGGACUGCUGCAGCUCUGGGGGUGGGGACUGCUGCCUGAGCCACCACAGGCACCGCAGGUCCCACCGCCGCAGACACCACAGCCCUGACUGCUGCAGCCAGCCCUCGGGGGGCUCCGGCUGCUGUGAUGGUCCUGGGGGCUGCUGCUGACCUCAACCAUGAGGACUUCUGACAAGCAGAGUUGGAACUGAAGUGCUGAAUACCCACCCCAGCCUGCGGCUUCUCAUCCCCAUUCCUGUCCUCUGUCCUACAGACUGAGCCGCUGAAAUAUUCCCAUGGAAACAUCUACAUUUUCCCUAGACAUUUCUGAGUUACAACAUAAAAAGCCUUCCCGGCUGAGCCUA